UUGUCACAUAGAGGUUUGGGGUCCGAACUUGUAUGACAAAAUGGCAAAGGAUGGAGAAAAAGGCGAGUGGAAGGACUUUAUAUGGAACCCGAGGACGAGGGAGUUCCUGGGCAGAACGGCGAGCAGCUGGGGUCUUAUUAUUCUCUUCUAUAUAGUUUUCUACAUCUUCCUGGCCGGCUUGUUUACACUCACCAUGUAUGUCAUGCUGCAGACCUUGGACGACCACAAGCCGACCUGGCAGGACAGGCUCGCCACUCCAGGCAUGGUGAUUAGACCCAAAGCAGACGAGACCUUUGAGAUCGUCUAUAACAUCAAGAACACUGAGAGCUGGGACAUGUACGCUCAGGCCCUGGACAAGUUCCUGGCACCCUACAACUCCUCCAUCCAGGCCCAGAAAAAUGACGAGUGCACCCCAGACAAGUACUUCAUGCAGGAGGACAGCGGUGAUGUAAAGAACAACCCGAAGCGCUCCUGUCAGUUCAGCCGCAAUGUCCUGGAGGAAUGCUCUGGACUCACAGACCGUUACUAUGGAUACCAGGAGGGCAAGCCAUGCAUCAUCAUCAAGCUGAAUCGGGUGAUUGGGAUGCUGCCAGGAAAAAAUGGACAGGCUCCAUAUGUCACCUGUGGUGCAAAGAAAUACAAAGUUGGCAAAGAUGAAUGGAGAGAAGACAGUGAUAAAAUUGGGGAAUUGCUGUACUUCCCUCCAAAUGGCACAUUCAACCUUAUGUACUACCCUUACUAUGGCAAGAAAGCUCAGGUGAACUACUCUCAGCCUUUGGUUGCUGUCAAGUUCCUUAACGUUACUGUCAAUGAAGAUGUCAACGUCGAGUGCAAGAUCAACGCUAACAACAUUCCCAUGGGCAGUGAAAGAGACAAGUUUGCUGGAAGAGUGUCUUUCAAGCUGAGGAUCAACACUGAUAAAUAGGUUUCCCUUUUCCUCUCCUGAAAACUACUUUCUUCAUUCUCUGCAACAUUGCACAUGCACAGAAACAAAUCUCAGCAUUCACACCCUUUUUAGGAUUUGUUUACAACCCCCACAUUUGUUUUGGGCAACUGUUUGUCCAGUUGUGUGACAAGAUGAGGCAAGAAUAAAAGGGUGAUAAUCCUGUCAUCGUUUCUGUCUGUGAGCUUUGGGACAAAUUCUUUUCUGUAAAUUAGUUUGAGGUGACGUCUAUUUAUACUGCAUGACAAACUAGGGGAUAUAAAGGAUGUGAACUAUGUGUUUUCAA